AUGGGAGCCGCCGACUUUGGCUCAGCCAAAUAUUUAAACAAAAAGAUGAAGGCUAGAGGCCUACAAAAGCUGCGCUUCUACUGCCAAACUUGUCAGAAACAAUGCAGAGAUGAAAACGGAUUUAAAUCACAUUGCAGGUCCCCUUUCCAUGUGCGAAAUACCGCUCAGCUGAAACCUCAAGAUGUGGCUAAUUAUACAGAGCAGUUCGAAAAGGAUUUCCUCCGAUUACUGCGACUGUCCCAUGGCGAAAAAAAGAUCGAAGCUAACAAGUUCUACAACGAGUUUAUUCAGGACCGCGAUCACAUUCACAUGAAUGCUACGAGCUUUCACUCUCUUACAAGGUUCAUUUUGCAUUUGGGCAAAACAGGAAAAAUACGGAUACAUGGUUUGAAUGAUGCCAGCGAAGACCAAGAGGAUAUCGACAUGGAAAGCGGUAAAAUCUUGAUAAGUUACAUUGACGAUUCUUUCGAGAACAUGCUGCGAAAUGAUAGGGUAUCGGAAUUGGAGAAAUCAGAGAGCUCUGAGCAAGAUAUCAAGACGAAAAUGCUAAAAGAUCAGAUAGCGCUGGCCGGUACACACCCUACUGAUGGAAAUGAAGAAGAGGAAGAAGAAGGGGAUGCUGAGACCACAUCCGACGUUAAUUACCCUAUUGGAAAGAUCUCGCUCAAGAUUUCAAGGCCGUCGCAUCCAGGAAAAGUUACAAAGAAAAAGAAGAACUUGUUCAAAAGCUUGAAAAAGUGA